AAACGACUCACGGAAAUUGAAAUUGAUUGUUGCAGUGGAGUUUCUGUUGGAAUAUUACACAAACUACUCAGCGGAUCUGCCCCUGAUCUUACUACACUUCAGAUACACCUUGGCGAAUGCCAAUCCGGGUCACAUCUGAACAAUCGAUAUGAUCUUUCGAUUCUUGAGAUGUAUGACGAAUCCCCAGACGAAUCAAAACCGAACUCCCAAUUUGAUCUACCGGCUCUCAAACGACUCUACCUGAUUAGUGACAUCCCCCUUCCAAACUUCAAAGACUGUAAAAAUCUUCAAUUUGUUAAAUGCGAUUCUGAGAUAAAAGAGGAUCAAUGGCACUCGAUAAAGGAUCUUUUGUAUUCAGAUACUUGGCCCAAGCUCUCCGUUUUGGAUCUUCGUCGCUCUUGGUUUUUGGCGGGAAGCCCAGGUCAAGCCCAGAAGGAGGUGGAUGAAAUUGGGAAUUUUAACGUAAAAUUGAUGCUAAGUGGAGGAUAUUCCUCAAAAGCGCCAUGGGAUUAGCUUCUUGACUUUGUUUACUAGGAUAGAAUAAUGGAGACAUAUCGAAUUCAAUUCAAGAUCAAGUGUUAUCUAAGGAACUGUAGCCAUCUUUUUUUACGUCAUAAAUAGAAAGACCAUUAUUAUUGACUUUGUACUUUAUAAUUAUGGAGUGAUUGUGAUUCUCUUCCUCCAAAAAACUCUGACAAUUUAUGUUUUCAUUUCAUUUCAGAUUGUUUUUUCCUCUUGUUGGAUUCUUUAUGAGGAAUACCCUCGCAUAGAAAUUGACACCCAUGUAUCCUGUUAUAAUCAUAAAUAUGAAAUUGAAAGAACUCCUGGCGAGAAAGUGAAUGAUUUU